AUGGCUGCUGCACCUGAUGCCGAGUUUCCACUUCUACAAUUACCAUAUCUGGGACAAAAACUUGUUGUAUGGACCAUGUCAACUAGUGAGAAAAUCCGCUACUCCCUUCUCUCCGAAAACGCCAAGAAACUCAUCAAAUCCCUACCACGCCGCGUCGAAUACCUCGAGUUCUUCUUAGACGAUCUCAAGAUCCAAAUCGGCUGCAAUUUGGAAGACACAAUUGAGAUGCGUUUGCCGGAAAGAACGGAUGAUGGAGAUGUUGAAUUGUCAGAAGAGAAGCCUGAAAAAGUGAAAGACUUUUGGAAACAAAAGUUGGCGGAGGCGAAGCCGGAGUUUAGUCUCAAGGAAUGGGUCGUCCAUAUUUCUGACGUGUUGAGGUGCAAUAAGAUCAAGUUGUUCUUCCAAGGAGGCUCUGGCCAGUAUAAGAUGCAAUCCAUUCAACAAUUAUUCCAAGGAAUGGAAAUCAUUGGUGUAGGAGUACAAGACACUGGAUACGAGCAUGCCAGGGAGGUGUUCAACGAGUUCCCGGAUGUUCGAGAGCUGACAUUCGGAAGCAAGUCAUUACGUAAUGACAUGAUAGAUGCUCUGGUCUCACGCGACUUGGACUACUUCAAAUGUGGACGUCAAUUUGAUAUCCAGGCAUUGCUCAGAAUGAAUUGCAAGGUUAUUGAGAUAUCUCCCGCCGAUUUGUCGCUUGGAGGUGUCAACCAACUUCUCAGGAGCUGGAGCUCAAUGAGCACUAAUCGCAACCUGGAAGUCUUCAGCGUCUUGCUCUUCAAGACAGAAUUCGAUGAGAGCAACUAUCUGGAGCAGAUAUUCGUAGGAGUUCAGUAUACUGUAGUGCCAAAGGAGAGCUAUCGGGAGUUCAGGACAUCGUAUGUGACUCAUUUGUGGGAGUUUGUGGAUGUUAUCAUCGGACAAUUCGAGAUUCAAAGGGAUGAUGGAGUGAAGGCAAGGAUUCAGGUGGAUAGAUUUGGAGCGGGGAUAAGAGUCAAGUUUUUGGUUGGGUAA